UAAAUAUGGGUAUCUGCACAUCCGAACCUUUACCUGGAGGAAUUGAAUAAAAUGAAACAAAGCCUGAAUAAAUUAAAUCAGAUGUGGAUGAAGGCAAAAAUGAGUAAAAUGAAGCAGCUCUUAAAAUCUAAAGUAGUAUAAGAGGAAAGAAAGCCAAAUAAGAGCUAUAAAAAAAAAAAGAAGAACUGGAAUAAGAUAAACCAAAAGAUUGGAUAGAACAAAAAGAAAGUUUCUAAGAGCCACAAUUACCAACAAAUUUUAAAGAUAGAGUUAACUAAAAACCAACAAAUGAAGAUCGAUUAUUACCUCCUUAUCAAGGACCAGAUGGAGCUAUUUAUUAUGGAUAAUGGAAUAAAGGAGAAGUAAAUGGAUUUGGAUAAAUGUUAAAGCAAGAUGGAUUAUAUCUUAAAGGUUUAUGGAAAUCAAAUAUUUUUUAAGAAGGAGGAAUUCUUUAUCCAAAUGGAGAUUAUUAUGUAAGUUUCAUUAAUAAUUUCAUUUAUAGAUUGGAACAGCAACCUUUGGCUAACGAUUCUAUGCCAAUGGAGUAAUUUAUAAAGGAGAAACUGAUUUUGGUACUCCAUAAGGUUAAGGUGAGGAAACACAUCCUGAUGGAACAAUAUCUAAAGCUUUCUAUAAGAAUGGAUAAAAGGUAUAAUAAGAUAAUAGCCAUUAAAAUCAUUGA